CCAACCGUAAUGUGGCAAUAUCAGGUGCGUGCUGCUGUUAUGUGACGCCAUUAAUUUCCCCCGCCCUUUUCCCCCCAUCGUGCGUGGUCUAGGUUACGUCAGUUCCUGCUGGAGAAGACCUUAGAGCCGGACACGGGUGUGAGUGGGCAGGUACGGAGGGGAACGUUGAAUUCACACGCCUGUCUGUGUGCGUUAUGACCAGGUUCUGAUUUUCUGUUAUCGGUCAACAUAAGGAAGAACUCAUGAUUCCCAUAUGUCCAGUGGUUUCCUUCACCUAUGUGCCCAGCCGGCUGGGUGAAGAAGCCAAAAUGGCUACGGGCAACUACUUUGGAUUUGCCCAUGGAGGAGCUGCCCAGUAUAGCCAACAGCCGGCAUCAGGUGUCGCUUAUUCCCAUCCGACUACAGUGGCGAGCUACACGGUUCACCAGGCUCCAGUAGCUGCUCACACGGUUACGGCAGCCUAUGCUCCGGCAGCAGCUACGGUUGCCGUUGCUCGUCCUGCACCUGUGGCGGUUGCAGCUGCGGCUACGGCAGCUUACGGGGGAUACCCGGCGGCACAUUCGGCGACCGACUAUGGCUAUACCCAGAGGCAGCAGGAAGCUCCACCGCCCCCUCCUCCGGUCACUACACAAAAUUACCAGGAUUCCUAUUCUUAUGUCCGAUCCACGGCUCCUGCCGUAGCGUACGACAGCAAACAAUAUUACCAGCAACCAACUGCAACUGCAGCCGCUGUAGCUGCACAGCAACAACCAUCUGUGGCAGAAUCCUACUAUCAGACAGUUGCCCCCAAGGCUGCUUACAGCCAGGGUGCUGCUCAAUACACUCAAGCGCAACAGACUCGGCAAGUGACGGCCAUCAAACCUGCAAACCCUAGUCCGGCCACCACGACGUUCUCGAUCUAUCCCGUUUCCUCCACUGUGCAACCUGUCGCGGCUGCAGCCACCGUGGUUCCCUCUUACACGCAAAGCGCCACCUACAGUAAUACGGCUGUUACCUAUUCCGGUGCGACGUAUUCUGGCUAUGAAGCCGCGGUGUAUUCAGCCGCAUCCUCUUACUACCAGCAGCAACAGCAACAACAGAAGCAAGCGGCCGCCGCUGCUGCAGCAGCAGCCACCGCCGCCUGGACCGGGUCCAACUUUACGAAAAAGCCUCAAUUUCAGAAUAAGCAACUGAAACCAAAACAGCCCCCCAAACCACCUCAGAUCCACUACUGUGAUGUGUGUAAGAUCAGCUGUGCUGGACCGCAGACUUACAAAGAGCAUUUAGAAGGUCAGAAACAUAAGAAAAAAGAAGCAGCCUUAAAGGCCUCUCAGAACACAACCAGCAGUAACACGGCUGUCCGCGGGAGCCAGAACCAGCUUCGCUGUGAGCUCUGUGAUGUUUCCUGCACAGGGGCAGAUGCCUAUGCGGCUCACAUUAGAGGGGCGAAGCACCAGAAGGUUGUGAAGUUGCACACUAAACUGGGCAAACCCAUUCCAUCAACUGAGCCGAAUGUUGUCAGCCAGUCUGUAACCUCAGCAGCUGUUUCCAAACCAUCUGCCUCCUUGGGCAGUUCAUCAAACGCUAACGGGAAUUCUUCUGUCGCCACGUCUACUGUGAAACUGCUCUCGUCCUCUUCCAGCUCCUCGCUGAGCACAAGCAGUGGCAAGGCCUCCGCUCUGUCUUCUAGCAGUAUCGUGAAGAAAGUUACCACACCAAAAAUCACGUUUGUAGGGGGCAACAAGCUGCAGUCGACUGGCAAUAAAGUAGAUGAGUGCAAGGUGAAUGAUAACACAAAGCCAGUGACUACUGCCACGGUGCAGCCGCAAGAAACAAAGAUUGAUCCAAUGUCUGAGGCCGCGCAGACACUCGCAGCGCUGCAAAGCGACGUGCAGCCUGUUGGCCAUGAUUACGUUGAGGAGGUUCGAAACGAUGAAGGAAAAGUUAUCCGUUUUCACUGCAAGCUUUGCGAGUGCAGCUUCAAUGAUCCUAACGCCAAGGAGAUGCAUUUGAAAGGACGGAGACAUAGACUGCAGUACAAGAAAAAAGUGAAUCCGGAAUUGCAGGUGGAAGUAAAGCCGAGCAUUCGAGCCAGAAAGAUUCAGGAGGAGAAAAUGCGAAAACAAAUGCAGAAAGAAGAAUACUGGAGAAGGCGUGAGGAAGAAGAGCGAUGGAGAAUGGAAAUGAGACGAUAUGAAGAGGAUAUGUAUUGGCGGCGGAUGGAGGAAGAGCAACAUCACUGGGAUGAUCGACGAAGGGUACCGGAUGGAGGUUACCCUCAUGGUCCUCCUGGGCCACCAGGAUUACUGGGUGUUAGGCCGGGAAUGCCACCUCAGCCUCAAGGGCCAGCACCGUUACGCAGACCAGACUCUUCUGACGACCGUUAUGUUAUGACCAAACAUGCGACAAUCUACCCAACAGAGGAGGAAUUACAGGCGGUCCAAAAAAUCGUGUCGCUCACCGAAAGAGCUCUGAAGCUGGUUUCUGACUCCAUGGCUGACCAAGACAAGAGUAAGAACAAGGAGAGUGAUGAUAAGAAGGACCCUACAAAAGAAAGGGCCCUGAAAGGAGUUCUGCGCGUUGGUGUACUCGCUAAAGGACUGCUGCUACGCGGGGACCGCAACGUCAGCUUGGUUCUGCUCUGUGCCGAAAAACCAACUAGAGCUCUGCUGAGUCGUAUAGCUGAAAACCUGCCCAAGCAGCUGGCAGUAAUAAGUCCCGAGAAGUUUGAGGUGAUCUGCUCGCUCCAAGAAGCAGCCAUUGUUUUAAAUUCUUGUGCGGAGCCCAAAAUGCAAGUUACAAUAACACUGACCUCUCCUGUUAUGCGCGAAGAAAACAUGAGAGAUGGAGAUGUAACCUCGGGUAUGGUGAAAGACCCACCGGACGUCUUGGACAGGCAAAAAUGCCUUGACGCUCUGGCUGCUCUACGCCACGCUAAGUGGUUCCAGGCUAGAGCCAACGGUCUGCAGUCCUGUGUCAUAAUCAUCCGUAUCCUGCGCGACCUGUGCCAGCGUGUGCCCACGUGGUCAGACUUCCCCAGUUGGGCGAUGGAGUUACUAGUCGAGAAGGCCAUCAGCAGUUCUUCAGGACCGCAAAGUCCGGGCGAUGCUUUAAGAAGAGUCUUUGAGUGCAUUUCGUCUGGUAUAAUCUUAAAAGGCGGGCCCGGUUUACUGGACCCAUGUGAAAAAGAUCCUUAUGAUACAUUGGCUACAAUGACUGAUCAACAGCGGGAGGAUAUUACUUCCAGUGCACAGUUUGCACUCCGGCUGCUUGCAUUCAGACAGAUCCACAAGGUACUCGGCAUGGACCCGCUGUCCCAAAUGAACCAGCGCUUCAAUGUUCACAACAACCGCAAGAGAAGACGUGACAGCGAUGGAGUGGACAGCUUUGAGGCUGAAGGGAAGAAAGAUAAAAAAGAUUACGAGGGCUUUUAGAAGAUAGACGCCUUGUAUGCGGUUCUUCCACCAAAAAACUAAUUUCCACUUGUAGGGCUUUAGUUGAGUCUGUUGUAGGGCAAAUCUUUACUAAACUGCCACUCGAGCCCCGGUAACCCUGCCACAGACCUAAGAGACCCUCAUACCAGUUAAUAUUAGUAUGUGUAUAGUUGUUUGUUAGGCAUUUCUUUCCCUUCUCCUUCCUAGAAGAACUACUAACAUUGUGUAUGGUGUCCCUCUCCAGAGGGCGGUUGUGCCGUGCAACUUCCCCAAGUGUCAGUCCUUUGGUUUGGCUUGGAGUCCUCCAUAUUAGAGGAAAAAUGAUAGGCUAUGGUGUUGCCAACUCGCCCCUGUGAUUUAAUUUGGCUAAACAGUAAAAAAAAAAAAAAAAAAAAUCUUAGUUCUGUGUGCAGUUUUUGUUUAUAACGAGGGAGAGCCUUCUUUGGUUGUAAGUUAAUUUGUAUUAGAUAUGGCAUGAGCCUUGUUUUAUUUUAUAUUUUUUUUUUCUGUACAUUAAUGCGUUAAGGUUAUAACACAGGCCUUUUUCCCCCCCACAACGUUGUGACAUUUGUCUCUUUUCAAUAUAUAGAUGUAGCUAAGGCGACAUUCUGUUAUAUAUAUUUUUUAUGAUGUUUUUUGCGCUUAGUUGUGCUAGCCACAGAAUAAAACCUAAUGUAUAACUAUGGUAUGGUCUUUGAAAAAUUGUUUUCUAUGUAAUCCCCGCAUGGCUUUUAUUUUCACCGAUUCUACUUACAUUUGCUAACCGUUCCGUAGCGAGGUGGAUACAUUUUAAAUCAUAUUUGUGAGUUAACAACUUCACUUUUCCGAUGACCUACCAAACUUUCUAUAACAAGGCAUUAAUGUAGAGCUGAUGUGUCCCUGUGAUUUGUAGAUAAUGAAAA